CGCAUCUGCUCAUUGUACCGGGGUGUGAUUUCCUGCCGGUCUUUUUAUCUGACCAGCAGACACAGAGGCCACACUCGUGGAGGCCAGGACAGUCUUGGCCGAAGAAAACUCACUAGGCAGAGACGGGAUGCAAAGAUGGCCUUACACCCACAGGCCAGGAGGCCUCAUGGCCAUCACAGAGAUGGAAGUGAAGCACAAGCUGAAGCUAAAGCCCAGGAUAUGGGGAGGCUUCCUUCCCCAAGUAGGGUGGGUGCAGCUGUCUGUCCCAUCCAAGGGCUGGGACAUCGGACUGCUCGAAGACCCCGAAGGGGUGUAGGGACUACAUCUGCCUCAAGGGUUCCUCGCCCUGGUGCCCUUAUGCCUGCAACACGCAGCCGUCCAAGAUUCAUCCACUGCCGGGGUCAGCCCCCUCGGACCCAUGUCAGCUCCAAGAGACCCAAACGGUCCAGGAUCCAUAGCCACACUGAGGUGCCAGGCUGGACCCAUGAGAAACGGAUGGGGAGCAGUGUCGAGGAAGGGCUCCGGCCUGAGCUAAGUCAGCUGGACCAAGAUGCAGACGACCUGGAGGAAGAAGAAGCUGCUAGACUCCCAGUGACCUCCCCAGACGGGCUCCUGAUGGAAGGAGACAAGCAGCCCAAUCCUAGUCAGGGCCCUUUCUUCUACAUCGGAGGCACCAAUGGAGCAUCAAUAAUCAGCAACUACUGUGAGAGCAAGGGCUGGCAACGCACUCAGGACAGCCACUGUGAAGACUACAAGCUAAAGUGGUGUGAGAUCAAGUGCAGGGACAACUACUGCAGCUUCCGGGAAGGCCAGCAGUUGCUGUUCCAGCUCCCCAACAACAAACUGCUUACUACCAAGAUUGGGUUGCUCAGUGCUCUUCGGGAGCAUGCACGCGCUUUGAGCAAAGCCAGACUGCUGCCCAGUACCCAAGCCAAGGUCCUGAAAAUGGAAGAGUUUUUUCCAGAGACCUAUCGGCUGGACAUCAGAGAUGAGAGGCAGGCUUUCUUCACUCUGUUUGAUGAAACCCAGAUGUGGAUCUGCAAGCCUACGGCCUCCAACCAGGGAAAGGGCAUCUUUCUGAUCAGGAGCCAGGAGGAGGCUGCUGCUCUGCAGGCCAAGACCCAGAGCAUUGAGGACGACCCUAUCUACCGCAAGAUGCCCUUCCGUGCACCUCAGGCGAGAGUGGUGCAGAGAUAUGUCCAGAACCCGCUGCUCCUAGACGGGAAGAAGUUUGACGUGCGAUCCUACAUGCUCAUUGCCUGUGCCAUGCCCUACAUGGUCUUCUUUGGCCAUGGCUAUGCCCGCCUCACCCUCAGCCUGUAUAACCCUCAUUCCAGUGACCUCAGUGGUCAUUUGACCAAUCAGUUCAUGCAGAAGAAGAGUCCCCUGUACAUGCUGCUGAAAGAGAGCACUGUGUGGAGCAUGGAGCAUCUCAACCGAUACAUCAAUGACAAAUUUAGGAAGACCAAGGGCCUCCCCAGAGAUUGGGUCUUCACCACUUUCACGAAGCGGAUGCAGCAGAUCAUGUCCCAUUGCUUCCUGGCUGUCAAGUCCAAGCUGGAGUGCAAGCUGGGUUACUUUGACCUCAUUGGCUGUGAUUUCCUGAUUGAUGAAAACUUCAAGGUGUGGCUGUUGGAGAUGAACUCCAACCCUGCCCUACAUACCAAUUGUGAAGUCCUGAAGGAGGUGAUCCCUGGAGUGGUUAUGGAGACCUUGGACCUGGCGCUUGAGACCUGCCAAAAGAGCUUGCACAGUCAGAAGAUGCUGCCUCUGACGUCACAGCGUCGCUUUGUGCUCCUUUACAACGGCGAGACUACGGACUUGUGGCCGCGCUUGGGGAGCUCGCGCCCACUUAUCCGCUUGCCUUACCCUAACCCUAACCCUCCCCGGCCCACCUGUGAAGUCUCAUCCUCUGCGCUUUCCUCGGCACGUGCCACUAUCGCAGAACGGCCUGGUGCACGCAAGCUGAUGCCUUCCAGGGGACCUCCCAUAUGUGCCUCCCGCAAAUCGCGGCUGUCUGACUUGGGCGGUAGCUCCAUAGCAGAGUCUGAGCCCUCUCUCUGUUCUGGGACACUGGAAAGCAGCAGGGACACAACCGGGGAACCCUCCCUGGGGCCGCCCGAGGAAGAGCGCGAGGAGGAACAGAGGAGCACGAGCCAUCGAGGCUCCUAG